CAUCUCGCAUUUGACGCAUCGAGGCCUUACAAAUAGCACUAGUGUUCAUUUUCGAAAAAUUUUGGCAAAUUUUGGAACCAUUUUGUGAGUGUUGGUGAUAGUUUUUUUCGGAUUUUUCAAAUAAGGGUUCCACCAGAGAGGGAAACAAAAUCAGCUUGAUUUCGUAAUAGUUGGAAUAGUUUUGUACAUGGAGUCGAUGUGAUCAGCUUAGAAAAAAUGCGGAAAGAAGUUAUUUUAAUAUCACUGCUUCUGCUAUGCGUCUCACUAACAGAAGAACGCGCGACAAGAACAAAAACUAGAAUUAAACGUGACUCACAUAUGCCACCUCCCGGAGUGCCAUCUUUUCGCAGAGAUUCGGUGGAGCAUGUACCAAAAGACAAAAAUCUAGCCUACUCCCUUCCACCAGAAUAUGGAAGUGUUAGUCUUCCGCUUAGAGCGGCUGUUGAAAGUAUUCCAAAUAUAUUGGAAAAUUCAAGAAGGCUACCUCUAAGAGACGCAGUUGAAAAACGCCCUCCUCCUGAUGAAGCUCUCGAUCUUCAAGAUGGUUUACACCACGAUUCGACACCCACUGGCCAAGUAUAUCUUUCCGAUGACUCCGUGGAAACACAAGCUUACAAUCCACCACAAGGUGGCUAUAAUAACGUUUUCAUUCCAGGACAAUAUUAUCCCUACCAGUAUUCAUACACCUCUUAUCAGGAUUUUCCUAAUUACCAGUUCCAGACUCCUUAUUCCCAGUUACAGUACUUUCAAGGUAUAAUAUCUGAUUAUAGGAAAGUUAGUCCUUAUAGAAUAGAUAACGGCUAUCAACAGUUGAUCGUUAGUCCGUUUGGUUUGCCGUAUGGAAGAAGUCUUAGAGAUCCUCUUUUGGUGGCAGAACAAGCAAGAUCUGACAAAGGUAACUCAAAUGAACAAAAAAUAGUAUGUUAUGUGGAAGGUGUCGCUUCGUACAGAAAAGAACCUCUCGCGUUUAAUCCUGAAGAUCUGGAUCCAUACAUUUGCACUCAUGUUAUCUAUAAUUAUGCUACUAUCGACCCCAUUAGCUACACUAUUACAUCCAAUGAUGAAGAGUACGAUGUUGUUCAAGGCGGAUACAAAGCAACUACAAGCCUACGCCAGAAAAACCCUAAUCUCAAUAUUCUCAUUUCACUUGGAGGUAGUAAGGAGGAUGGUUCUCAUCGUUUCAGUAAUAUGGUAUCCAACGCCAGAAAGCGCAUGAACUUUAUCCAGUCUGUUAUCUCAUUCCUUAAUAAAUACGAUUUUGACGGUAUGGAAGUACAUUGGGAUUAUCCAGGAGCUGAAGAGUCUGGAGGACAGAUAACGGACAAAGAAUUUUUGGCGCUAUUUUUGGAGGAGACUGCCGAAAUCUUCAGGCAAAAGAAGUGGGAAUUGGUUCUUUCCGCACCAGCGUCGAGGUUCAAAAUAGAGGAUGGAUUUGAUCCUAUGAAAGUUGGAGAUAUUGUCGAUUUUGUGAAUGUACAAGCGUACGACUUCCACUUGGAGAGAGAAGCAGUAGCAGAUCAUCCGGCCAAUUUGUUCGCCAGACCUGAGGAUAAUGGACUAAAUAUAUUUUUGAGUGUGGACUAUGCCGUACAAUUUUGGCUACGAAAAGGUCUUCCUAGUUCAAAACUGAUUCUGGGAAUCCCGUUUUACGGAAGAUCGUUCACAUUAAAAUACUCCAACGAAACCGAAAUUGGUUCGCCGAUUAUUGGGCCAGGAAGAGAGGGAUUUUAUACUAAAACUCCAGGACUGCUGGCUUAUUUUGAAAUAUGUGAAAUGUUCCUGAAUGAAGGAUGGUUUAAAAGUGAGGAUGCCUCUGGGUCUCCGUAUAUGGUAAAUGGAGAUCAAUGGGUUGGAUAUGAUGAUCUUGAUAGUAUUAAGAGAAAGGUUGACUAUGCAAAAGAACAUAAUCUUGGAGGCAUAGCAGUAAAUGCAGCAGAUUUUGAUGACUUCAAAGGUCUUUGCGGACCAAGAUGGCCUCUUAUGACACUUGUUAAUAGCGAAAUAAAAGGAGUCAAUCCAACGUUUCUAACUGAUGCAUACACAAAACCUACCAAACCAUUUGGUGUCUGUGACUCCUCAGGAUACUACAGCGAUUCUUCGAAUUGUGCAGCAUUUUACGUCUGCAAGAACGGACUAAUCUAUCACCUGUCAUGCGGACAAAACCUCAUGUUCAAUCCGACAAACGGAAAAUGUGACCAUGUCAAUCCAGAAAUGUGCCGACCUGGAGAGACUGUCUUUUUGGCCAGUAGUUUAAAGGAAAUUAGCUUAGGUGAAACGAAUUUAAUAAAGGAGAACCUGGAAGAUGAUAGAGCAAAAGUUGUUUGUUACGUGACCAAUUGGGCUUUCUACAGAAAAGGAGAAGGAAAGUUUGUACCAGAGCAUAUAGACCAAAGACUAUGUACUCACGUGGUUUAUGCCUUUGCGAGUUUAGAUCCAGAGAAGCUCUUGGUGAAGGAGUUUGAUCCAUGGGCAGAUUUGGACAAUAACCUUUACGAAAGAAUUACCUCAUUGAAGGACACCACUGUACUACUAUCAUUGGGAGGCUGGACAGACUCGACAGGUGAUAAAUAUUCCAGAUUAGUAAGCGAUGGUUCCGCUAGGAGACGAUUUGUCGUUGGAGUCGUAGGUUUUCUACGUAGGCACAAAUUUAGGGGGUUACAUUUCGACUGGAACUACCCCACCUGUUGGCAAAGCAAUUGCAAACGAGGACCCUCUACAGACAAAACCAACUUUGCCAAAAUUAUACAGGAAUUAAGGAAAGAAUUCGAUAAGCAGUCACCCCCACUGGUGCUAGCAGCUGCUAUAUCUGGAUAUAAAGAAGUGAUCGAUCUGGCAUAUGACCUUCCAACUUUAGGUGCAAAUUUGGACUUCUUUUCGGUAAUGUCCUACGACUAUCAUGGAGCGUGGGAGGGGCAUACUGGUCAUGUUAGUCCUUUAUACGGAAAACCUACUGAUAAAUAUCCUCAGUAUAAUGUGAACUUCACGAUGGAGUACUUAGUAUCAAAAGGAGCUCCUCGGCAGAAACUUCUCUUAGGUGUACCAUUCUACGGCCAAUCGUUUAGCCUAAUGAAGAAAAGCGGGUAUGACGAAGACGCACCCAGUAACGGACCAGGAGAACCAGGAGAAUACACGAGACAACCUGGAUUGUUAGCUUAUUACGAAAUAUGUAAUAGAAUUAAGAAUCAGCGAUGGACAGCGCAUAGGAGCAAUAGGGAAACUGGACCAUACGCCUAUAAUGUUGACCAGUGGGUGGGAUAUGAGGAUGUGAUGUCUGUAAAAGAAAAGGCCACCUAUAUUAAAUCCAGAGGUUUUGGAGGAGCUGUAGCAUGGACUAUCGACCUUGACGAUUUCAACAACAGAUGUUGUGAAGGUUCUUUUCCUCUUCUAAAAAGCCUCAACAGGGAAUUGGGCUUAAUUGCCGACAAACCUACCCAAAGCGAUUGUACCAAGCCACCACAACCUUCAACUCCAGCUCCACCAGAAACCACCACUGGCAUUGACUCAGGUGCUUCUAACGAACACAACCAUCACCAUGAAGGUCAAACCAGUCAAACAACUCAGAAAACAACCACUGCUCCUUGGUGGACUACCAAAGUAACAACUACAAAAGCACCAUCUACAACUGCUUGGUGGGAAACACCUUCAUCAACAAACACUUGGUGGAGCACGCAGAAGACUACAACUGUUACGAAAACGACGAAGAAGCCCACCACUACGCAAGCAUGGUGGAUGUCUACAAAACCAACUCCCAAACCGACUACAACAAAGAAACCCGUUGUAAUACCACCGGAAGGUUCCGUCAUCAUUCCCCCACCAACUGUUGUACGGCCGGAACUAGAUCCUACUGCCAAAAAAUGCGAGGCCGGACAUUAUCAGCAUGAUCCUAUGAAUUGCAAUGCUUUCUACAGAUGUGUAGCUGGUGAAUUAACGAAGCAAUACUGCGCUGGUGGUUUGCACUGGAAUAGGAAUAAAAACGUGUGUGAUUGGCCUGCUGAAGCCAGAUGUAUGGAGAUGAAUCCGGGCCAACCUCCAACAAAGAAACCAACCAAAAAACCGACAACAACCUCUUGGCAAACUACUCGCCAAACUCAAACCACCCCAACUACUCGGCGACCAACCGUAGCCUCAAUAAAGCCACCAAUAGACAGCUCUUGUGACAGUGGAGCGUACUAUCCCCACGAGCAGUGCAACCAGUUCUAUGUCUGCUUCAAUAACCACCUGGUUCAACAGACUUGUCCACCGGGACUUAAUUUCCACGCUGAAAAAGGGAUGUGUGAUUGGACGUUCAAAGUGAAAUGUUCUAAUAGGAAGAAAAUGGCGGAGAAGUAUACUGUGAUGCAUGAUAAAUAUCUUGCUAACCGUCCUCAACCUUACAGCCGUUGUGAAGGUAAUUCUUUUGCCCCAUUACCAGGAAGUUGUUCUCAAUUUAUGCACUGUCAAUGGAAUAAAUAUGAGAUUAUGCAAUGUGCACCUGGAUUGCAUUGGAAUAACGAAAAGAGAAUUUGCGAUUGGCCCCAAGCAGCCCACUGUUCAGAAGAAAGCGAGACUAAUGAUAUCGACGCAGGGGAAUCACCGAGUGCAAAACCUGAAGAAAGUACCCUUCCACCAUGGCAUAAACCAACUACAGUCUCUCCAUAUCCCGAAUGGAGUCCACCAAGUACUACCAAAUAUCCAGAAUGGACACCACCGAGUACCACACAAUGGACACCGUCAGAGUCAAAUGGAAACGAAUGGGAAUGGCACCCUCCAAUCCCUCCAACGUCUGAAAAACCCCCACUACCAGAGCCACUGAAACCGUUAUCUGGGUACUUUAAAGUAGUGUGUUACUUCACAAACUGGGCUUGGUAUAGACAAGGGUACGGCAAAUAUCUACCAGAAGAUAUAGACGAGAACCUCUGCACACACGUCGUUUAUGGAUUUGCUGUUUUGGAUUAUUCCAACUAUGUGAUCAAAGCACACGAUUCCUGGGCUGAUUUUGAUAAUCAAUUUUACAAGAGAGUAGUGGAAUAUAAAGCGAAAGGUGUUAAGGUUUCAAUUGCGAUCGGUGGAUGGAACGAUUCCUUGGGAGAUAAAUACUCGAAACUGGUAAAUAAUCCAGCUGCAAGACGAAGGUUCAUUGAGCAUGUACUUAAGUUCUUAGAAAAACACAACUUUGAUGGUUUGGAUCUGGAUUGGGAGUAUCCAAAAUGUUGGCAGGUGGACUGUAAGAAAGGCCCCGAUUCUGACAAACCAGCUUUCGCAGAGUUCGUAAAGGAGCUCAAAGAAGCCUUUAAACCGAAAGGGUACUUGCUAACAGCUGCAGUUUCACCUAGCAAAACUGUUAUCGAUGCUGGGUACGACGUGCCAUCUAUCGCUGAGAAUCUGGACUGGGUCGCCGUGAUGACCUACGAUUUCCACGGACAGUGGGACAAGAAAACCGGACAUGUCGCUCCGUUAUUCUAUCAUCCCGACGAUGAAGUAGCAUUCUUUAACUCGAAUUUUUCCGUACACUACUGGAUCUCAGAGGGUGUGCCACGAAGGAAACUUAUAAUGGGAAUGCCUUUGUACGGUCAAUCUUUCCGUUUGGAGAAAGAAAGUGAGAACGGACUAAAUGCAAAUGCCCCAGGUCCAGGAGAGGCAGGAGAAUACACCAGAGCUGCAGGAUUUUUAGCCUACUACGAAAUAUGUGACAUGAUUAAAAAUAGAGGUUAUACCGUAGUACAAGAUCCUACAGGUGCCAUGGGUCCCUACGCAUAUAAAGGAAACCAGUGGCUCUCAUUCGACGAUCAAGCAAUGAUAAGGAAAAAAUCUGAAUACAUUAGACGCAUGGACUUGGGAGGUGGUAUGAUAUGGGCCUUGGAUCUGGAUGAUUUCAAAGAUAGGUGUGGACAAGGCCGACAUCCGCUACUGACAAUAAUCAGAAACACUUUAGCCGAUCCAGGUACCGGUGAACAAGAGCCCAUUGAUGACCUAUAUACUCCGGCAGUGCAACCAGCAGAAGCUGUCGAAAUAGAAGAAGAAAAAAGAGGCACCACUCAUUCCGAACCACUGGUAGAUGCUUCUUCAGAGUACAAAGUGGUCUGCUACUUUACCAACUGGGCGUGGUAUCGACAAGGAGUAGGAAAAUAUCUUCCACAAGACAUUGAUCCGGAUCUUUGUACCCACAUUGUCUACGGAUUUGCUGUGUUGAACACCGAUGAAUUGGUAAUCAAACCGCAUGACAGUUGGGCUGAUUUUGAUAACAAGUUCUACGAGAAAGUAACAGCUUUGAAAGCUAAAGGAAUAAAAGUAUUAAUAGCUAUAGGCGGAUGGAACGACUCCGCUGGUGACAAAUAUUCUAAAUUGGUCAACAGCCCAUCGGCAAGAAGACGCUUCGUGACGCAUGUUGUAGAUUUCAUAGAGCAAAACAACUUUGAUGGUCUAGAUCUUGAUUGGGAGUAUCCAAAAUGUUGGCAAGUGGACUGCAAAAAAGGACCAUCCUCCGACAAAGAAGCCUUCUCAGAGCUAGUGAAAGAACUGUAUGAAGCCUUCCAACCCAAAGGCUUGCUUCUAUCUGCUGCAGUUUCGCCCAGUAAACGAGUUAUCGAUGAAGGUUAUGAUGUUCCACUACUAUCGAAAUAUUUGGACUGGAUAGCAGUUAUGUGUUACGAUUAUCACGGACAGUGGGACAAAGUAACAGGUCACGUUUCCCCUAUGUACGAGCAUCCUGAAGACAGUAAUGAAUUCUUUAAUACCAAUUACACUAUGAACUAUUGGAUUGAAAAAGGAGCUGAUAGGAAGAAGCUGGUAAUGGGAAUGCCUACAUAUGGACAGUCAUUCUCCUUGAGCGAUAAUAAAAAUCAUGGUUUAAAUGUGCCAACGUACGGAGGUGGAGAAGCUGGAGAAGAAACUAGAGCACGAGGUUUCCUGGCUUACUACGAGAUAUGCAGGAAUAUUAUCCAGAAAGACUGGACUGUUGUAAGGGAUAAGAAGGGCAGAAUGGGACCGUACGCUUACCACAGAGACCAGUGGGUGUCUUUCGAUGACAUCGGUGUGAUACGCCACAAAUCUGAGUAUAUUCGUGCCAUGGGACUGGGUGGUGGAAUGAUCUGGGCUCUGGAUCUUGACGACUUCAAAAAUCUUUGCGGUUGUGAGGAAUAUCCUCUUCUAAAAACGAUUAAUAGAGUUUUGAGGAACUAUAGAGUACCAGAUCCAAGAUGUGUAUUAGGAAAGAAGACAGAAAACCCUACGACAAAACCUUCGAUUCAGAAACCAACAACCAAACCUCCUGUUCAUAAACCUACAGUUAAACCACCAGUAAUAAUUGAAGAACCGGACAAUGAAUUAGUACCAACUUUACCUUGCGACGGUCAACUUUUCGUACCACACCCGAACUGCAAUCAGUACUACUUGUGUAAUCAAGGAGAACUACAAUUGCAGUCAUGUCCAAGUAGUCUGUACUGGAACGUGGACCACUGCGAUUGGCCAGAGAAUACCCAGUGCCACCCAGACGGUAGUACCUUGGCUCCUGUCGAUGAGGUAACCGAAAGCUCUCUGGAGUUUCCCGAAGAAGAAGAAGAACCGCCAGUUGUGGAUAAUGGCAUCGACACACCUUCAGGUGGUACUGAUCUAAGUGAACAAGGAAAUAAAGUUAUUUGUUAUUUUACAAACUGGGCGUGGUAUAGACAAGGCGAUGGCAAGUAUUUACCGUCGGAUAUAGAUCCAAAUUUGUGUACCCACAUCAACUACGGGUUUGCUGUCCUGGAUCCCCAUUCUCUCACAAUUAAACCGCACGACUCAUGGGCUGAUAUUGAUAAUGAAUUUUACAAGAAAGUGGUAGAAUACAAAUCCAAAGGGAUAAAAGUUUUGAUAGCGAUUGGCGGAUGGAACGACUCUUUGGGAGACAAAUAUUCCAGACUGGUAAAUAACCCACAAGCUAGGGCUAGGUUCGUAGCUAAUGUCAUAGAAUUCAUAGAGAAAUAUGGAUUUGAUGGUUUGGAUCUCGAUUGGGAAUAUCCAAAGUGCUGGCAAGUGGACUGUGAAAAAGGCCCCGCUUCAGACAAACAAGGUUUUGCCGCUCUAGUGCGGGAAUUAAGCUUCAGCUUCAGAUCUAAAGGACUGCUAUUAUCUUCCGCUGUAUCGCCAAGUAAAGCCGUCAUAGAUGCCGGCUAUGACGUUCCAACAUUAAGCAGAUAUUUCGAUUGGAUCGGUAUUAUGACCUAUGACUUUCACGGACACUGGGAUAAACAAACUGGACACGUGGCCCCCCUGUAUUAUUAUCCUGGUGACACCUAUGACUAUUUUAAUGCGAAUUUUUCAGUUAAUUAUUGGAUUUCAAAAGGAGCUCCACCAGAAAAGCUAAUCUUGGGAUUCCCGCUCUAUGGUCAGUCAUUUAGUUUGGCCGAUCCCGGUAAGAGAGGCUUGAAUGAAAAAACUUACGGUCCAGGAGAAGCUGGAGAGUUCACUAGAGCUGGAGGAUUCUUAUCAUUUUAUGAAAUCUGCGAAAGAGUUCGAAAACAAGGAUGGACAGUAACCAGGGAUCCUGAAGGAAGAAUUGGGCCCUACGCUACCCAUGGAAACCAAUGGGUUUCCUACGACGACAUAUCCGAAGUGAAAAGAAAGGCCCAACUUGUCAAAGACCUCGGACUUGGUGGAGGAAUGAUCUGGGCGUUGGAUUUGGACGACUUUAGAAACAGAUGUGGUUGCGGCAAACAUCCCUUGCUAAAAACACUAAAUAAAGAACUGAGAGGAAUCAGAACUGAUAUUUAUGUGCAGAAUUGUACUUAGUGUACAUUAAUUUUAGACAAUAAGUCAGAAGCUAUUCUUUCCACUGAGAUUUUCAAUUUGAUCUGGCAACGUCCCGUAGCCAAAGUUUUCGAUCGGUCUGACCUUGGCGGUUUCAGAUUUUUCUGUCAAUUUGUACUCUACGACAAUCGUUGAGGAUUCUUUUUUACUUGAUUUGUAAUUUUUGCCCAAUUGACAUGCUUUACGUAAAUAAUCUCAGUGGAAAGAGUUUUCUUAUGACUAUUAUAGUUCACGUUCAUACUUUUCUGUGAAGAGUAUACUUUAAUAAUUAUAACGAUCAUUCACGAUCAUCGUAUAGGGCUUUUCAUUCACAGUUAUUUGUUUCGAGCUUCUGUCAUAUGUCGUAUAAUCCGUGUAUAUUAAUAUUACACACAGAUUAUACAACUUAUGACAGAAGCUCGAAACAAAUGACAAUCGAUGAAAAGCCCUAUUGGAGUGAGAUAGUUUGAAUUAAAAUAUUUUUCUUCUUUGUAACGUUAUCGCUACGUUUAAAAGGAUAUUAAAAUAUUUGUAGGCGUUUUAAUCGAUAUGUUAAAAUAUUUAUAGUAAAAAUUGAAAUAAAUAUUUAAUAAGUGA